UGACCAUUUUCGUUUCGUGUUCUUCGACAGUUUUGUUGUAUUGUGUAAUUUGUCCAACCCUAACGGAGAUUCUCCACAGACACAUUCAACACCAGCACAAAACAAAAUUUAGUCCUAAGGAACAAAAUGGCUAAAAGAGGUGCGGAGCAUCAAAUCACAAAAGACAGUGAAGAGUCUGAUGAUGACCGCCAUGGUCCUGCUGAAAUUCCAACUGAAGCAUCUGCUGAAGUCCUCGCAUCCAGAAAGAUUGCAAGACCUAAAUCAAGAAAAAAAACAGGCGCGACACCUACGACUGCUGGAGGUUUGUUUUCAAACUUUUUGAAAAAUCAAUCUGCUCCGAGUACGGCCUCGUCUACGAAGGUUGAAGCAAAGCCCACGACUGUUUCAAACGCAGAUUACGAUGUUUAUUUGAAGAAGAGAGGCUUAAAUAAAUGCUUUGUUGACGCGGUGACUAAGAGUGUGGAAAAUGAUGCCUUCGCUGACUUAGCUCCCUUGUUUUCGGAAUACAAGAAGCACUGGUCAAGCAUUAGUUCCGCAUCAAUUACAUCUAAAAGAAAUGAGAUUUCGACUAGCGUUCCCGCACCUAUUGCUACUCCUAAGUUCGCUUUCUCUACUCCCGUUGCACCUGCUACAACCAAUACAUUUUCCUUCGGUUUAAAUGGAGCUAGCAACAGAAAAACUACCGAGGAAGCUGCUAAGGCUAAGCUCCCCUCCGUGAGUUCUGCUUCGUCAACUUCGACAGCUGCCGCUCCAUCAUUCUCUUUUGGUGCCACCACUAAGCCGUCUUUUUCCUUCUCUGCUACUUCGUCUGAGAAGCCCAAAGAACAAACAAUUACUAAGCAUGAAGGAAAAGAGGUUGAGCCUGCUGCCGUCUCCAAUUCCGAAAAUACCCCUUCUAAAACAGAGCAGGCAGAUUCUGCAAACUUCUCUUGGUCAGCAGACAAGCCCAUAAAGUUCAACACUCCAGACAAACCGUUUACUUUUACAAAUCCCCUUUCCGCUAAGAAGUCACCACUUGCUGACACUAAGCCUAUGGCUUUCCAGUCUUUGGGUUUCAGCUUUGGCACGAACGUCAAGCCUGCAUUUUCCUUCAACAAGACUGCUGAAAAAUCGGAGGAAAAGCCUGCUGCUGAGAAACAAUCCACCGAGGCCAAGGAAGAGCCCAAACAAGAAGCCGAGGAAAAGCAAGACAAUGAGUCUGAGUCUUCUUCUGCUGCAAGAACAAAUGAUGAUCUUGUUGCAGGAAAGGGCGAAGGUGAAGAAAAUGAGGAUAGUGUUAUUAACACUCGUGCUAAAAUCUAUCGCUUUGACAAGGAAUCUAAAGCAUACAAGGAUGUUGGUCUCGGACCUUUGAAGAUCAAUGUGGACAAAGACACCGGUGCCGCUCGCGUUAUCGUUCGUGUAGAUGGUAGUGGAAAAGUCUUGCUGAACGUCCGUCUUUGCAAAGACUUUAAGUAUGAGAUGGCCGGCAAAAAAGAAGUGAAGCUUCCCGCAGCUUCUGCUGACGGAAAGUCGCUUGAUACGUACCUGAUCCGCGUGAAGGAGCCUUCUGUAGCUGAAGAGCUCCUUAACAAGUUGAACAAGCAUAAGGAGUAGGAUUUACAUCUAACACACAUACAAUGAACGAAGUUUUGUAAUUUUUUUCUGCAAUUGGUAUUCUUAUUGUUUUAUUGUAACGCUCUAUAUCAGACAUUGCUGUGAUAAGCUGGUGAUGCAAGAAAGUACAAUGUUUAAGGGCAUAGAUUGUCUUCCUUAAAGAGAAUCUGAAUCAAAUGGAUCAGAGUCUUCGUCGACCUCGAUUUCGACGGGAUAGCUGAGAAUGGCCGCGAUGCCAGACAGUUGAUCCAAUUGUUUUCCAGAUUCAUGAAGACUGCUAAAUUUGUAGACAGUUCCUCCGGCUUGUUUAACGUUUUCUACCAUCUUCACCCAGUGUUUCCUGGUUGCAAUGUCUAGACUUCUAAAAAGUGUGUCACUGAUGAGGAGCUGUGAAAUUGCACUGAGCUCGAAGGCGCGCUCAACCUGUUUUGGGCCGUAAACUGUCCGGAGUUCAUCAUCAUCCAUGGUUUUGUAAAACUUUUCCAGCACUCUUGACUCUUCAACGAAUUUCGUGUCUGAAAGCUGGGAUUGGACCGAGGGAUCUUUUAAGACUUCAUUCAAUGUAUGAAUGUGUCCUGUACUAGUAUGAACGAUAAGAAACUUGCCCUUUGAUUUUACAAGCUUUUUGUUCUCAAGUUUCACAGCCAUUGAGAAUAUGUAGUCGUACAGUCCCUUGGCCACAAAACCCGGAGAGGCAAGGACGAUGACUUUGAGAGCAUCAAAGUCGAAAUCCUGCACCAUAGCUUGGUACACAAGACCAUAAAACUUAUCAAUGCCCUAAACAUAGUUAGCUUCAAAGUAGCUUA